AUGACCGUCAGCGAUAUUUUCAAUGGUUCAAUAGAAAUAGAAAAUGCAAUUAAAUAUACAAAAAUACGAUUAUUUACAGCUGCACUUCAAACAUCAUCAAUACCAGUUGAAGAAUUAUUAGAUAUAGAACAAAAUUGGUCAAUACCUUCUUCAGAAACUGUUGGGGGACCUUCAUGGUCAUACAUAUCAGCUGUAUGUUGGCUUUAUGGUCGGAUGAUUCAUGAAGAAUUAGGUGGAAUACCAAUUGGACUUAUUGUUAGUAGUUGGGGUGGAACUCCUAUUGAACUUUGGAUGCCACCACAACCAUUACAUGAUUGUGGAAUUUCAUCUGAAGCAAAUUCUGAAUAUAAUCGUGAUAAAUAUACAUGUACAUUUUCAAAAAUGAUUCAAUCUUGGCGUGAAAUAUGGCAUGAACGUACUAAUACAAUAACUCAUAUUCAAUUUCCAUUUGGAUUUGUUCAAAUUUGUUGUCAAGGUGAAAUAUGUGCAACGAAUGAUGAUGCUUGGUUACCAUUAUCAAUUUCAGAUAAAAGUCAUUUAAUAAUUAUUUUAAGAAUUCGAAAUGCAUGUACAGGAAAAUCUAUUUAUGGUAUUCGUUAUUUAUGGCAUGAAACACCAUGUUCAUAUAAACAAGCGGCUAUGUAUAGUAUUACAGAUACAAAUUUAACUUCUCCACCUUAUAUUAAAAUUAAUUAA